GGGUUUAACGGAUUGGUGGGAAAAGCAGGGCAGCACCGCCACCUUCCGGAGCGGCUCCCUUGAAAAAGACGCGGGGCGGAGCGCACUCCGGCGGGGCAGCCUCUUCCUCUUGUGACGCUUGGAAGCGGCAAAGUCGCGGGGAAGCAGGAAGUUUCCGGGAAUGGAUCCUUUUUUGGAUUUGCUGCACUCGUUUUCAAGGGCCUUGUCGCCCGCGGAGCUCAAAGAUCUUAAAUUUCUUUGCCAGAGCCAUAUUGGUAAAAAAAAACUGGAAGGUGUGAGCUGUGGCAAUGAGCUCUUCACGAUUCUCCUGGAACAGGAAAAAAUUGCAUACAACGAUGUAGGGGUGUUGAGAUGCAUGCUCAAAAGUCUGAAAAGAGAAGAUCUACUAACCCAACUGGAGCAGUACGUCAAAACAGCGGACGGUGAUCCAGAUGGUCAGCCAGAGGAUAAAGAGAAAUAUAAACUGAAGAGAGCUUUUGAAGUCAUAUGUGAAAAUGUUGGAAGGAACUGGAAAGCGCUCGCUCGAACACUUGGAAUUUCAGAUGCCAAAAUGGAUAAGAUUAUGGCUGCUAAUCCCUACAAUUUGGAAGAACAAUUGAUGCAAUCGCUUCUAGAAUGGCAAAAAUCAAAAGGAAAGGAAGCAAAGGUGGAGGAUAUAAUAAGAGCUCUAAGGAAAUGUCGGAUGAAUCUAGCAGCAGAUUAUGUUGAAGAAGCUGUGAAAGAAACUGAAACUCAGUAGGAUCAGUCAGAAGAGACUGUUCUGGCAAUGAAUUAAAAAUUCACAAGAGAAGACUGUUUAUCUGUCAUAGAAAAUACGGGAAUAUAUAGUUCAAUAAAUAUAUUACAUUGAAUCUAUUACAGUGGAAUUCAGCUACCUAGGUGAUUUCCUGUUGUUGGCUAACUACAAGCCAGUCCUCAGACUCUUAUAGGAAAGAAUCAAAUUUCAACACAAUUUGAGCCAGUUCUUAUUUGUUCGGUCCCUUUCAGAUAUGUUAGGGCUACAAAUCCCAAUCAAUAAGGCUGGAGAUCUUUUGGAAUUGCAGUCCCCAUUCAUGUAGAGGGCAAUAGCUUGGGAAAAGCUGACAAGUCCAUUUCAUAUAUUUAGAUGGGAACACAGCCAGGACUUUUCUUGCAACAAGUGUGAAGAAAUAAAAUGUGCCUGGUCGGAAUUUCUUGGGUUUCUUGGCAAUUUGAAAUCAAAGAGCCGGCCAAAAGUAUACUUGGGAUUUUAUAGUUUUGCCUUCAUUUUCUAAGCUGUGGAAUGAGCUGAUAGUAUGUAAUAAGGAACCAGAAGACAAAAUCUUGACUCUGCAUCAAAAGUGGCUUCUUGUUUCUCUUGCAGUAUUGUGGGAAUAUAAUUUCUACUGAGGGUAUAGUUUGGAGUUAUUAUAGAUGAGCUACUAAUAUGAGUUUUCAAUAAUUUAAAUGUGCUGUGUAAUUAGAUAAUUUUUAAAAAAAUAUACAAUAAUGUCUGAUAUAACCUUUUUCAAUUUAAGUUUCAUUAUAUCAGCAGUAGGCAGCCUAUAAAUGUAUAUUCAGCUCAAAAGGCCUUAUUAACUUAGACCCUGAGGAAACCAUUUUUCCUCUGCCCCUGCAUUCCUUGCUGUUGGAAGGAAGAAGACCAAGAGAAGAGGAGAUGGCAGAAUGAAAAGCAAAAAAUGAUAUUCACUGGUUUUGGACUUUACCCAGCGCUCAUGUCCAGCAAAUAAUUUUAAAGAUAAGGUGGCCCUCAACUAGUGCCUGGGCUGCAGAAAUGAAUGCUCAUUAGAGGGCAGCAAAGUGACACAGAAAAACGUUUAACAUUUUGCUUUCAAAUAAUAGUUUACCCAAUUUUUGUAGCCAGAUUUGCAAAGUUCUAUUCAAUUAAAAGAUUUUCCUAA